AUGGGCUUCGGGAAGAUCCGGGAGCUCCACUUUCACCGGCUCGUCGAGAAUUUGAAGUACGACUGGCGACCGCUGCACUUGGAGAAGCGCCAGGAGCUGCGGCAGCUGGAGAGGGCCUGUGACGCAGAUGACCUUGGCCGUGCGAUGCUUGUGGAAAGCAUCCAGUGGGGAAGCCGUCAGCUGCAGCGCGACUCGAUGCUACGCCUGAACUCUCGGGCCGACUUCCUUUUGAUGUCAGAGCUCGGCGAGCUUCCCCUCCCCGAGAAGCUCGAAAUCGGCCGGCCCCGGGACGCUCGGAAGCUUCGGCCGAAAGGCCUCCGAGAGGCCCUGCGCGAAGCGGGCAUCUACUGGCUCCGCGAGCCGGAGGCAGUCGUUCUGCAGCAGGAGCGCCUCAGAAAAGAGGAAGGCGAGGGCUCCGAGAGCUGGGAGGAGGCCUUGGCCGAUGCCUUUGUGAUCGACUCCGGGGGCCACUUCUCGAAGAUCGGCUCGGGAACUUUGAGGACACAUCAUGUCUUCCACGUGACGAAGAAGAUCAACGAGACCUUGCGCUGCAAGGCAGAGGCGAAGGGAGGCUUGCUCCCUGCGUCGAUCUCGAGGUCGGAGUUUGCCAGCAUCCUCAAUGCGGGCAGCAUCAUGUGGCUGACGCGCGAGCAGAUGGACGUCAUCUUCUCUGUGAUUGGAGGUCAAGAUGCAGAGGCCGGGAUCAGCCUCAGCGACUGGGUCUCCCGUUUCUCCUGGGAUCCGAUGCAGGCGGCCACGGAGGUUCAGCGGGUUCUGGAUGUGUGGGCCCGGCGCUUUGCCGAAAAAAGAGCCGUGCCGUACUUCCGGGGCUGGAGUGUGCAGAACCAGGGACGCGCCGCGUAUUACCCUCCUGCCCGGCCUCGGAGCUUGCACUUCUGGGAUUUCCAUAUGGUGCUCACGGACAUGGGGGUGCAUUGGCUAAGCUUGGAGCAGCAGCGCCUCUUGUUCCAGUCGCUGGAUGCGAAUCGCAAUGGCCGCGUGGAGGUGGAGGAGUUGCAGGGUUUCGCUGACAAGAGGGUGGAAGUUGAGAUGAAAAGGGUGGAGCACAUGGCCUCGGCGGGGGAGGAUGACUCAGAUGUUGAAGAGGCUCCAGAAGAUGGCGGCCAGACAGAGGCCGCGGCAGAGGCGGAGGGAUCGGAGGCUGAGGAGGCUAUGGAGGCUGAGGACGAGGCCGAUCCGGAGAGCCCUGCAACGAAGUACACAGCUUCCGAAUUCUACGACGAGGCUUCCGAGAACUUCGAGGACAGGGAGGUGCCGAAGGAAUCCGAGGGGAGUCCUGAGAUGCAGCAAAGCCUGCAGCUCUCUGAAGCCCCGAGUCAUGACUACAGUGGUUCCCUCUCGCAAAGUGAGAGUCCUCAGAGCCCUGGUCCGGACAGCCCAGCAAGCGGAUACCCCGACUCCUUCGAAAGCCCUUGA